AAACUCCACGCCCACGGAGUCGCGCAGGCGCGCACAGGCACAGCCACCGCAGCGCAGGCGAGCGAGACGCGCAUGCCCAACCCUAGCGAAGCGAGUUGGGAGCAGCCGAGCACAUCCCUGCGUCGCCACGCCUCCGGCCUCCGGCCCCGCUCCGCCAUCAGAUGCCUGACCUACUCGCCUAGUCCUCGUCUGAUCUCCGCCGCCCCCGCCACCGGCCCUCGCGUCCAGGGCUCCAGGCGUUCUCCAUCCCCGGUUCCCCGCACAGCCUAAAAAAACUGCAGGAUGGAGUCAGCAUCCAAGGAGAUGGCACUGAGGUGCACCACGGAGAAGGUGACAGCAUCGAGGUGCUCCACACACAAGGAGGAGGGAACACACAUCUUUGAGAUCGCCGGGUACAGCCUCAAGAAGGAUAUGGGUGUCGGGAAGUUCGUCCGGUCUGUCACCUUCACUGUCGGUGGGUACGACUGGUCCAUCAGAUUUUAUCCCGAAGGUACCACCGAGUCGCCCGAAGGGUGUAUGGGGAUCUGUCUUGAGCUCAUGAGCAGCAAUGCCGAGGUGCGGACGUUCUUUCGGCUUGGAUUGGUAAAGCAUGAGACAGGGUUGAUUGGCUCAAUGUUUACGCCAAACAAUAAGGUGUUCAGCUCCAAGACCAGGAACAGUCGUGAGUAUCAUCUGUUCAUACUAAGAAGCAGUCUUGAGGCGAAACCACUAAAGUACCUUCGGGAUGAUUUUCUCGUAAUCAAAUGUAAUAUUACGGUAAUCAAAGAAUCUGAGGUUUAUGAAACCAUGGGGCACUCUGAAAUUGAGGUGCCACCGUCAGACAUCAUGGAGCAUCUCGCAAAGCUGUUGGACACUAAGGAAGAAGCAGAUGUCACUUUCAGUGUUGGAGGCGAGACCUUUCAGGCGCACAAGAUUUUGCUUGCCAUGCGAUCACCUGUCUUCAAAGCAGAACUCUUUGGGCCGAUGAAGGAGAAGAGGAUGCGGUGUUUGACCAUCAAAGACAUGCAGCCCGCUGUUUUCAAGGCUCUGCUGCAUUUCAUUUAUACAGAUUCAUUGCCUGACUUGGAUGAUCUUGAAGGCGAUGAUAAGUGUGAAAUGAUCCGGCAUUUGCUGGUAGCUGCAGAUAAGUAUGCCAUGGACAGGCUGAAGAUUAUGUGUCAAAACAUCCUUGGCAAGAGUCUUGAUGUGGAGAACGUGGCAACUACAUUGGCUUUAGCUGAUCAGCAUAACUGUGACAAGCUUAAAGAUAUUUGCAUUGAAUUUAUUGCCUCUUCAGAUAAGAUGGAUGAUGUGGUGGCAACCAAAGGUUAUGCAAAUCUCAAAAGAUCUUGCCCGUCUGUCUUGAUAGAUGCUUUAGAGAAGAGAAGCAGGCCUCGUAUAGCAUAGAGCAGCUCAUGCGUACUAAAAUCAGCUACAUGCGGUUGUUGGGGUUUCUUGUGUUGUCUGCACCUUUCCUGAAAUUUUUCGAAGUGUAAUAUCAUGUGUGGAACUGUUAUGAUCUCAAAAUGAAUGAAUGUUAGUAUGUUACAUAACA